UUUUUUUCCCCUCUUUAAAACUCAGAAUCAUAACGGAACGAUCGUUAAAAUGUUGAAUUGUUACUAACUUCAAGUGAUUUGUUAAAUAUAGACUUUAAAACAUUUUUGACCCUCGUUUGUUCCUGUACUCGUUGAUCCCCGUGUAUGGGAGUGUCGGUGCAGAGAGAGAAAGCAGCCGAUGCGUCCGUUUGUAAAGAAGGAGAAGUGUUACAAUUGACCGCAGAAAUGACCAGUUAUUCCUCGACACUUUUCGAAUACAUUAGAUAGCGAGCCGACUAAUUCCACGACAAACUGUCGCUUAACACGUCGUAAAGUUGUUACGCAACUCAACGAUGUUUUUAGUCAGGAAAGCGGAGCAGUAACAGACUGAAGUCCACCCCGCCCGCCUGCCUGCCUGUCCGGGUUGAAUGUACCUGCUUCCACCGGGACUGGGAUGCGUUUUAACGAAAAGGAGAUGGUCUCUUUGAGCCGCCAGCCUUCGGAGAUGGCAGCCGAAUUAGGAAUGCGGGGACCCAAAAAAGGAGACGUUGUCAAGAGGAGACUAGUAAAACUCGUCGUUAACUUCCUGUUUUACUUUCGGAUAGAUGAAGAGGAGCCAAUUGGAGCUUUGCUGUUGGAGCAGUGUCGAGUGGAGAAGGAGGACAAACAGACUUUCUCCAUUGCGUUUCUAGAUGAAGCAGAGAGGAAAUAUGUGUUUGAAUGUGACUCUGAAGACCAAUGUAAGGAAUGGAUAGAUGCUAUUAUCAAAGCCAGCUAUGAGUUCAUGAGGAAGAACCUGAUAUUCUAUCGAACUGAAAUCCACAGACUCACAGGAAAGGACCCUUUGGAGCAGUACGGUAUAUCUGAUGAAGCUCGCUUCCAAGUCAGCAAUGGUCUGCAAGCUUUGCCCAGAGAAACCUCCACACUGUAGACCAGAAAGCUGUGUAAACCCUGCUGUAGUUCAGUCAGCCAUUCCGGCAUUAAUUUACUGGUUUGAAAAACCACUGCCUUUCUGUUUACACAGUACUGCGCUGCUCUGUGUGGUUUGGGGACUUCUGUGUCCCUGUCAGUAAUUACUGCCGGGACAGAUCUUUCUAAAUCUCUGUUUUCAUGAGAAACUUCAAUGCCAUUUCAAGGGAAAAACUCAGUCCCCUGCCUCUUGAGUUAGAAGUACAAUACGUUUUCUUUUCCAUUUGCUCUUCUCCACAUUCAGAUAAUACAAUGAAAUGUUUGGAUUAUUGUUUUAUUCUGUGAUUUCUUCUGUAAAUUUGAGUGAGUGUAUGAAGCUUAAGUCCAGGACACAGGAAUAUCAGAUGCAAGUAAAUUCUUUUGGAGAGUUUUCAUCUGUAUUGAUUUAGACUGCAAGAAUUGAUUGUCCUGCUGUACUGAGCCACAUGUUUGCCCACUUUUUUUGUAAAAAUGAGGAUUACUAGCUGUGUCGGAACGCAUUUACCAUGUAAAGCUACACUUUUGCACGUUAGCGGGUGUUAGGGGAUGUUUUUUUUUUUUUAUCACAAAAGUAUUUACUGACUUGAACCUUUUAAAAAAAUGUUUCUAAGUGAAUCUGAUUCUCGAUGUAAGCUGUUGAACCACAUAGGGAAAUAAAUGCAGAUUCUUGAGUGGAUUUCUUCAAAAUAACAUCAAUAUCUGGAAGGUGUUAGCAAAAUUGUUAAAUUUCUUUCACUCAGCCAUAUUACCAUGUAGGGCAUUGCUGUAAUAUUUAACUGUCUUUUUAAUUUUUUUGAUUAGUCAAGAAAACAUCGGCUUACUUGAUGGGAUCCUUAAGUAUUUGUUGUAACCUUUGCAGAAAGAAAUGUUUAGCUAGAUUUUGCUCUUAGUACACUUGUUUCACUUCCGCCUUUUUAUACCAAUAAAGCAAUUUGAAAAAUGAA